CGUUCAGCUGUCUUACACUUUCCUGCAUGUGAAGAAGCUCCGGCGGCUCCUUUAGCUUCAACCACAUCGUUCGAGAGAAGCGAUGGCGCUGAUGGGAAUUCAGCUGGUGGUCAGCUUGCUGGCCGCCAGCAUUAUGCAGAGGAUGGCUCCACAUUGCUCAUUUGCACGCUGGCUCCUCUGCAAUGGAAGUUUGUUCAGGUUCAAGCAUCCGUCAGAAGGAGAGCUGUGUGCACUGGCUGGGAAGCAGAUGCCCAAGCAGAACAGGAGAGACAGGAGACAGAAUGGGGAGAGCAAGCCUCUCACUGUGCCCAAAGACAUCGACCUUCACCUCGAGAAAGCUCCAGUCAACGCCAUUGACGCUCUUGUGUUGCGUUUUUUCCUGGAGUACCAGUGGCUGGUAGAUUUUGCCGUCUAUGCAACGGGUGUCUUCCUGUUCACUGAGUGUUACUACAAUGUUGUGGACGCCAGAAAAGAAGUCAAUAUCGGAGCCAUCUGGUGUGUCCUGACUGUUCUCUUCGGCCUAAAGACCCUUCACACUCUGAUGAGCCACUACUUCCGCUCAGAGGAGGGCGGCGAACGCUCGGUGUGCCUUGCCUUUGGCUUCCUGUCUCUGCUCGUGGCCAUGCUGGUGCUGGUGGUCAAAGAGGACUACCUGGAGUUCGGCCUGGAGUCGGGCUUUUCCAGCCUCUUUGACAAUUUGGAAAUCUUCGCCAAACAGCAGGGCUACGCUGACUGGUCCAUCCCAGUGACCAAGCUGACAGUGAAGCUCGGUCUGGCUGCCGUCUGUGCCUACAUUGGUUCUCUCCUGGCCUUCCCCGGCCUGCGUCUGGCUCAGACUCAUCUAGAUGCUGUACAGAUGAACUCAGACCGCCCACUCAUCCAGAUUUUGCUGCACAUGAGCUUCCUGUCUCCAGUCAUUGUGUUGGUUCUGUGGGUUAAACCCAUUGCAAGGGACUUCCUGGCCAAUGCACCUAUGGGAAAGACCUCUGUCACAAUAGUUUCCAGCGCAGCAUUUGACAGCAUGCGCCUGUGGAUCAUCGUGGUGCUGUGUGUGCUGCGGCUGGCGCUCACUCGGUACCACAUGCAGGCCUACCUCAAUCUGGCUCAGAAGUGGGUGGAGCAGAUGAAGAAGGAGGCGGGACGUAUCGCUGCGAUUGACAUUCAGAGGAAGGUCACUCGUAUCUUCUGCUACCUGACUGUAGUUACUCUCCAGUAUCUGGUUCCUAUUUUUCUCAUCCUGUUCUCCACGCUGGCACUCAAGGCACUGGGGGAUUUCUCCUGGGGGACCGGUGCAGAGGAGACCCCCGGGGUGACACCGGCACUGGUGAUGCCAACGGCAGCUCCUGUGCUGCCCAGUGGUCUGGAUGAAGAUGAAGAGGGGAUGGAGGAUGUGGAGGAGGACAUCCAGGCCACAGUAGCACGCCUGUCAGAGACCUUCGCCGCACUGCGGACCGUCCUCACUCCACUUUUCUUCCGAGGUUUCUUCGCCUUCCUCACAUGGUGGGUGGCUGCCUGCCAGGUCAUCAGCUCUCUCUUUGGCAUCUACUUCCACCAGUACCUUAUGCAGAACUAACUGAGGAGUGCCAUACAGUUCUACCUGCAAUGCAACCCCAUCCCUCAGAUGUUGUUAUGCUGUUGCCAAGGCUAGCUGCAGACAGCAACGGGACAUUUCAUUAAAACACAACUACAGACAGAAUGCACCUUGUUUUUGGUUGCAACAGAAGUUUAGAUCAAGGUUUUUGAGACCAGCAGGCUUCUGGUGUCCAUAACACAAAUGUACAGAGAGAACUGGGGCCCGUGUUACAAAGCAAAUUCACCUCUUUGAGUUACCUGGCUUCACUCAGUCUAACACUGACGGUCCUUAAUUACAGCUAUCACAAAGCUGGUUAUCAGCUGGCUGGGUUCACUCAGGGUUUACUGAUCCAGCUUUGGGUACAUUCACAUGACAGAAGCAGAGUUUAAUGACUAAAGAGUAAGUGAGUACUAAAUAAAACACAGUGAUACCCCCAGGGAAAUUAGGUUAUUGUGGUAACAAAAGGUGAUAUGUUCAGUGAGGUGAAAUAUAUACACUAUACACAAGUAGACUAGGAUAGGAAGCUGUAGAAAGAGAAGGAAUAAUCUCCAAAUUUUCCUUCUAUAGCUAUUUUUAAAAGGCCUAAUGUUUGGCAUAUCCAACAUGUUCACUUUAGAAAAGUAACAUGUUGUUGUUUUUUUGUUUUAUUGUGAACUACGAGAGAUGCGCUGAAAAAAGUUUUGUUUUAAACCCAGUAAUGUCAAAAAUGUCUCUUUUACUACUUUUCUACUUGUCCUUUUGUUGUGAGCCAGUACUUCUGUCCAUGUCAGCAUCCUGUAGGAAUGAUGACUCAGUUUUCUCAGUGAUCUGAUUGGUCAGUGGUCGGGCUGUUGGCAGGUGUUGAUCUGAGCCUCUGAAGUUAACCUGAUCUGGAGCACAGUUAGCCAUGCUACAUAGGUUACCAUGGUGAUGUAUCCCAGUUAAAAGUGAACCAGCUUUGUGAUACCGGAAAACAAGAGUUAAAGGGUAGUUCUGACAUUUUUAAACCUGGGCCAUAUUUUUUACAUAUUUUGUACUAACAGGUGUAAAAAGUGUUUGAAUUGCUCCGGUGUAUGACCUCAGCCGGCAGCCGCCAAUCAGGCUGCAACAUAAUCCUCGAGGGCAACUGCAUCCGUCGAAGCUCGUCCACUAAAAGUGGUUAUUUUUGCCACAGACAGGCUCAUUGUUAUCCUGAGUGUCAACAUUAUGGAAAGGAUCCGCACAGAGAUGGACCUUUUUGUUGAAGAUUAACAGUUUAACAAGAAACAGCUGCUGUAUCGCUCUGUUCAAAGCCACCAGACUCCAUUGACAAAAACGGUCAUUUUACCUUGCAGAAUACUAGAGUUACUGCUCUACCACCGCCUUGAUCGGUUAGUCUGUUUGUGUUAUUGUGCGACUUUGGUGUCCAGACACUUGGAAUAACAAUCUGAGCCUGUUAGUGGCAAUAACAAGCAUUUUUAAUGGACAUACUUGUACGGGCACAUUUGUCCCCAAGGAUUAUAUUGCAGCCGUUGCAGCACGUUUCAUGGAUGCCGGAUGAGAUGAUCUGGAUCAAUUAAUUUUCUUUUUGUACCCAUUUAGACACCAAAAUGUGCACAAAUAGGGCCCAGGUUUGUAAAGCCGUCCAGCUAGCACGCUGCUGUGGCUUUGUGAGGCCGGCCCCUGGUUGUCCAAGCAGCUACUUCAGCAAAACAUUUUUCUGCAACGUUUCAGAUGUAUCUAUGCCAGUGUUACCUGAAUUGUUCUGAAAAGAACAUUGCUAAAUGCUGCAUAUAAGAUGUUUAAUUGGUACCAGGAUAAAGUAUUAGUGCUUAAUCCCUGUGUAGAUAAGACGUUUUAUUUUUGUGGGGGACUGUCUGUCCUCUUUAAGGAACCGAUUCAAGAGUGCUAAAUGUUUGUUUAUUUGUUUGUUUCCUCUGUUUCUGCUGUAAUAUUUUUGAUUGCAGAUGAGUGGUAGGGCUCAGAUGCAUCCUGUUGAUUUAAACCUAGUUGAAGGUGAAUCAGAACUGUGUUUGUGGCUGUGUAUCAGCCAAGCACUGAAGAGCUGUUGCUUUUAUCUAAAGAGUUUCCUUCAGAAUUCCUAAGUGCCUGGGAGCUCAGGGGUUCGCAGUCAGUUUAAAAAUGCCCUUCUCCCUCAUCAUGCACAUUUAGAAUGAAUAGGAUGUGUUGAUAGAUAAAAUUAACGCUCCAAAUGCAUCUUUGUUUUCCUAUUUAUUUUCAAACACUACUCACUGGCAACAGUUUUUGUUGCAGUGUCUUAAUUAGCCGCAGCAGCUUUUAGUAUUUCUGCUGUUUUUAUAGCCAAUCAGUCACGUACAUGUAAGAUUAAUCAAUCAGUAAUAGAAUCAGUUUUGUGUCAGUGGACUUUAUUUAUUUAUUUAUGAUACAUUGCCUUUAAUAACUGUGGUUAUUUAGAAAUUAAACAGAUGCUGCAGUUCUGUACAUUUUUGUUGUCUGUGGCAGUUUUUGAUUUUUAGUGUUUGUUUUUUUUCCAGAAAGUAUAUUUGAACUGAUUGCUCUGGAAUCAUUAUACUGUGAAGUUCAGAUGAAAACGUUGCUUUUGGAGAUUUUCUGAAUGCAUGGUGUGCAAACUUUUUGCUGUAACCUGAAUGUUUUUCUCCGUGUGGUUCAAUAA